AUGUCUAUUUUACAUAGGAAUUAUUGGUGCUAUCUUAUUUUAUAAAUAUUUCUAGCUCUUUCUCAAAACAAAAUUCCAUUAGAAAUAGAUCAAAAUAUGAAGCAAUGUAUUAUGGGAUAAAUGACAAUUAUAAUAUCUGGAAAUUUUAAUAUAAUUCCAUUUAAUUAAUAAAGAAGCUUAUUUUUAUUUCUUUUAUUAUUUUUUUGUAAUAAAAUGUAUUUAAUUAAGCAAUUGGAAUAUCAUUCCUUUAAUCAUUAUUUUUAAUUCACUUUUCUCAACAAGCCAUUAAGUAAUUAAUUUGAAUACAUGAAAAUUUUAAUCGCUGAAUCAUUAAUAGCUUUUAAUUCAAUUUCAAUUUCACUUUAUCUUUACUAAGUUGAAUUGACUUGA